AUGAAUGCAUCGGAGGUCCAAAAAUCGCCCUCGGGGCAGCUGGGUGCGAUGGCCUUGAGCAGUCCCCUCUUGGUGCGACAGGAUGCAGGGGCCCUGGUCACCUCGCCCUCAUCGCGGCUGGCUGCAAUGGCCCUGGACAGCUCGCCUGUUCAACCUGCUCGCUCUGAUGCUCCCUCUGAUGCUAACUCUGAUGCUCCCCCUAAUGCACUUAUUAAGAUUCCCUCUCACCACUCCUCUUUGUUUGGGGAGCAAUCCCCUCCUGGGACCCCUCACUUGGCUGAAAGUCCCUCCUCCAUCUCAAGCCCUCCCAAUACUCCUUCCCCGCUCGAGAGACACAAGCCUGGUAAUUUGAGUCGUUCUCCCUCGACUUCUAAUAAUGAUACGCAGUCUGUUCAAGCUUCUGGCAAUCUUCUGUGCUUGGUAAGAGAGCCAACGCUCCCGUAUGAAGCUUGGGAAGCUAUUUUCUACGCAACGCUUUCUGGUGAAUCGCGCGAGGAAAUUGACUUCGAUUAUGGAGAUAUCUUCGAAAAUCCAGCGACCAAGAGGAAUCUCUCGAAUUUGAGACUGGUGAACCGGAUCUGGAGCCGAAUUGCGACUCCUCUCCUUUUUCGAUACCUCCAGGCCGUCGUCGGAUACUCUGCUGGUCAACCUCUCGAGAGCAUCCUUAAGAUUUCAGAAAGUCCACAUGCCAUCUACGUACGCGAUGUUCGUUUUGGCUUCGUGGGAGCGUGGCUGCCAGGAUUGGACUAUGAUCGGUAUAUCGAUGACUUGGCCUCCGGGGCUCUUCCUAUCCUCGUCAGCCGUUUCCCGAACAUUCAAACCUUGCGGAUGCAAUCACCCUCCGUUGUGGACACAUUUAGCGAAGAAGGACAAAUCAAGCCGCCCAUGCUCGCCAAGCUGACAAACGCUCUUGUCCAUACUUUACGCUUUGUACCUGUCCCAAGACUGAGAUGUCUGCAUAUUUCCAUGCCAACCACCGCGGAAUUUGCUCGUUUCUUCGAGUUGAACAGUUAUGCCAGGGACUUCACCAAUGUUUUCGCGCAAAUCGAAGAGUUACAUAUCACCAUUAAUGACAACACCGGCCCCGAUGGUAGACGAGAUCCGAAAUGGCCCCGCUCCAUGGUCAAGACAAAGUACCCACUUGAUAGAUUUGCUCCCUAUCUGGUCCAGCUUAUUUCUUACGCAAAGAAAAUCGAAGUCUUCAGUCUGGAUGCCCGUACCUGGUUCGACGUGUCUGAUCUAGAAGCGGAAAACUUCACUGAACUGAAAUAUUUCCGACUGGAAGGCGUGAGAAUCAACCACGAAACUCUCAGGAAUAUUUUCCGACAGGCUCGGGACACACUGCUUCGUAUUGAAUUGGUCCACGUUCGGCUCAUGAGUGGCACCUGGGAGGACGUUUUCAGUUAUCGAGCUUUUGCUCCCUGUAAUCUCAUUUGGCUUCGUGUUGAUGGCUGUGGAUACUCGAUGACGGGCACUAGUGCCCAUCACGUUGGUUUUUCGUUCACUCACUACCCAACUGCAUUCUGGACUCUCCAUGGCCGGGACUGGAUGGCUCUUACCCACUGGAGAUCGGUGGUGAAUAAUAACCGUCAUCGCAAUAAACUGCCUACCUGUCCGCACUGCUUUUUCCCAUCGGCCGUUGCUCUAAUCCAGAAUCCCUAA